UAAGCUACGGUACACGUGGAAACGUGCGCUGAACGCUUGCAUCGGCGCUUAUCAAUUCACUAAUUAAUUAGCACAGUUUAUUUGCGGCGUUAAAUUGGAAUAUUGUUCACGUGUGCGUUCACUUGAAUAUAAUGUGUGUUCAAACGGUGUGUGAUGAGUGCUAUUGCUGGAUUAUUUGAAUAAUUAGUGGUGGUUGUUUGUUUAUUUUUUUAUGAAGAGGAUAGUGGAUGCGUACUAACGGAGAAGACAGGAACUUCCAGAUAAUUUCUGUCUUCUAACCGGCUGAGCACUAAGCUAUCAAAUACUGGAGAUUGAAAACAAAAUUGGAUAAAAAAGAUGUAUUACGAUAAAGUUUCUUCAUUUUGAUUCAACAUUCCAAGAAAGUUUGGAUACCAAAAUAAAGGAGUUUGCUAUUAGAACUCUGUUCGAGAAAAAAAUUAAUCGGUGAAGAAAAGUAAAAAUUUGAUGCUGGAACUCUGUUUCUAAGCAAUAUUUUAUGACACUUUGAAAUUCGGACAUUUUUAAUCCAUAUUAUUAAUUUUGAAGCAAAGGAUAUUCUGCAUUUAUAAAAUUAGAGUCUACUACUAUUCGCUGAAGAUUGUUUUCCUUUUUGGAAUUCUGUAUUCAGACAAAUUUGAAUUUAUCAUCUGUAUUGCAAUAGGAAGGAUACUCUCUUGAAAGGGAAUGGUCAAAUCACGAAACCGAGAAGAUUCAUCUGCAAUGGACACCCCUCUCCGUUCUAUUGCAAAUGUUGAAUGCAGCUGGCCACCCUUGGAUCAGGAGAUUGUUACCCCUACCAUCGAGCCAUCACUUCCUUAUUCCCCGGAAAGUCUACAAGACGAAUCAAUGACUGCCACCCCAACCCCUGUCAGACGAAGAAGCAAUUCCACCAACCAAGGAGGAGCCAAACGAAUGGCCACAAGCAACUUGAAUGGUAAUGGCACCAACAACCAACAUCAGGAUGAUAAUUCCCACGGAAGCGAUAACUCCACUGAUUCAAGUUCAGCUAGCGAUGAAGGCCAUUCCUCUGCAGCUAAGAAUAAUCCCAAGCAACAAAAAAAGAAUUCAUCUUCUUCUUCAGUAACAUCGUCUUCUGGGGGCAACCGAAGGAAGAGGAACACUCUGAGCGCACGAGAACGCAACCUCAGAAGAUUAGAAAGCAACGAGAGGGAGCGCAUGCGCAUGCACAGCUUAAACGAUGCAUUCCAAGCACUAAGGGAAGUUAUACCUCACGUAACAAUGGAGCGGAAAUUAUCAAAGAUCGAAACGUUAACACUGGCCAAGAAUUACAUCAUGGCUUUGACGAAUGUCAUCUGUGAGAUGCGAGGCGAAACACUUCCUUACAAGUUGCUGACAAAUACAGGGUCUGAUGUUCCAGAUAACAGCGUUCCAAUGAGCGCUGACGAGCACGAACCAGGGGAUGAGUUUUUGGCACGCGGCAACCAUCUUCAGCAGCAACAACAGCAACGCUUUGAUUUGGUAGCUAGCGGCAUCACUCAGAAGAAUGAUGGUUUGGAUGAUCUUGUCAAGAUUAAGUCUGAAGUUCCGACUGAUGUCUAGCAUCGAUGAACUGUACCCUGCUAUCUUCUUGGUGAAGAAAAUGCCUGGAUUUUGAAACAUACAAGUACAUACAUGAAGCCCAUUCAUAGCGAAAAAGAUCACGGGACUGUAUUACUGCUAUCCAUGCGAUCACUUGUAUUUCUCUUUGCCAACGUUUCUGAACUCUGAUAAUUUCAUUAUGUUGGAACAAACGAUCCGCCAUUGUAUAUUUAUGGGAAUUCAUCUACAGGAUAGAUUGCUUGUCUAGAUUCCAGAUGUCAAGGUUAUUCAUUCUAUUGAGGUGUGUAUCAAUAUGUGCUUCAGGAUUUUCUGCUUCAAGUAUCUGGAAAUGCAACUGCUGUAAAAAAGUUUCCUAUAUUUUAAGCCUGUAUCAUUACAGUUUUUGUUAAUUCUGCAAAAGCUAUAUUUUCGAUCCACAUCAGAAUAGUUAGACAUCGCAUUGUGGGAAGUAUACUCAUCAACAAAACUAUCUUGGUACUGUGUUCGGUCAUCAUAAUAUGCUUAUCAUAUAUAAUGGACUGACUCAUACAUUGCACUAGCUAUCGCUUGAUCCUCACUUAUUCCCCCAAGCGACCUUGAAUGUAAAUGCUUCUACAAAACUCUUUCAUGUGUAACGCUUUUUGUAUUGUACAUUGCUUUGUUGAUGUAGGUAAAAUUUACAUGCAAUUAGAUGUUAACGAUGGUGGGAUGCAAGUUAGUUUUGCAUUGUAUUUCAGAUGCAAGUGCGUUUCGCUUUGUAUUCUGGAUGAAACUAUUUGUUCUUCAAUGAUUUGAAGAAGAAUAGUGUAAUCUAAACAUGAUUAUUUCAACAAAAAUAAUUAAUUUGUAAAAGUAAAGGAUCUAUUCCAAUAAGUGAGACAUAAAUGUUUUUCAAAUAUUGUUGGAGUGAUUUCUGUUAGUUUGAUUAAAAUGAACGAAUCUGCUUUUCCGAUUGUUUAAAACGAAUUAUGAUAAGCGUUAUCUCAUAUAAAACCAAAUUUCAAUGCACAUCAAGAUCUUUAUUGUAUUAAAGAAAAGCGAAAGAUUAAAAUAUCUGAAAUUUCAAUAUAUAAAAAUGAAUAGCAAAAAUAAUUAGGAAGUAGGAAUGAAAAAGUAAGUGCAAUUUUUAAAAAGAAACGAGGUGUAUUCUGAUGUCUAAUUACUAAAAUGAUGAUGUCAAAAGGAUAGCAAUGGAAGAAAUGUCAUCUUUAAACAAAUAUUAUUUUGUAUAUAUGUCUGCUUUCUUUAACAAAUUUAAUAAUUGAUGAUCGAAUUUUUUUUCAUUUUACAACAAUUUUUGGUGAAUAUUAAACCAUUUUUAAAACUGUGUAAUUGAUAUGCCAAAACAGAAUUUUUACUCUCUCUUCAGCAAUGUCCUUUCUGUAAAAUUAUUUGCUGUGAUGUAUAGCAAACGAAGUGCAAAGAUUCUUAGAAAGUAAAUUCAACAAUUUUAAAUAUUCAAUUCUAAAGAUAACGUUUUUUGUUAUAAAAAUACUUCAUAUUGUAAUAUCAAAGAUAUUGAACUUUUGAUUAUAACAUAAAGAACUGUAAUUUGUUUUUCCUUGUUUUUAUCAUGAUUGUUUUUUAUCUGUUUUGGCAAAUAUAUAUUUCUAAUUUAUAUUUACGAUAAUUUCAAAUUGUAUAUUUACAUCUGUACUUCUUAUAAAAAUUCCUUUCUUAAUAUAAAAAUUAUUUUUAACAGUAAAACUAAUUAAUUAAAUAAAUAAUAAUUAAUUAAAAUAGCCAGCAUUAACUUAAUUAAUGAUACAGCGAUUGUCCAUGAGAUUUUCUGUAGGAACAAUGUACAAUAAUUUAUAAAUAUUUAAUAUCAGGAUACUCUCAAAAUAACAAUGUAAAUUUAUACAGAGAUCUUGUAUAGCCAAU